UCGAAAUUCGUCGUCGUCGCCGCCGUUUGCCUCGCAUUUUGCACUUUGCGGUCCGCUCGAAAUAUUUAUUUUGGAUUUAACGUGUGCUACUCUUCUAUAUAUACCCCUGUAUAUAAUAUCCGUCUCUAUAUGUGCGCUGAGAUAUCGAGGAAUCGGUCCCCGCAAAUAACUACAUUCAAAUUGCCACCGUAAUUUGACAUCAGCCCAUUGAUAUAUCGAGAGAAAUGACACAAAGGUGUACAAGUUUCAAAACGCUGAGCUCAUUAUUUCCAGCCUAUUAGCAUAAAAAUCGUAAAAGCUCUAACAGGGCCGCAAAAAAAUAUAAAAAAUAUGAUUCUCUUCGAUUAUCACUGAUCGCCCGCGUAAUUUAAAGUGAAAUAAACCUGAAAAGUGACCCAGUGACACAGUUGAAAGCCUCCUAUCAGCAGCCCCCUUCCUAAUCGCAUCUAAUACAAUCUCAAACAAUUAAAACUACCACAAUUAAUAGAUAUUACUUGUGGGGGACCAAAUCACGUGCCUCUAAUUGCAGUACUUGUGCGCGUUAAUUAGUGUUAAAUACUCUCGCCAUCGCUCUUUUUUCUAGUCGGGCAGAACAAUUGUAAAUCUGCCCGAAUAUCAUUUUCCCAGCUGCGAUUCCCUUACAAAUAUAUGCUCCACUUUCAUGUUAUGGAAUUUUCAAUGGAAUCCAAAAAAACUAAAAGGCACAAAUCAAAACCCAAAUGAGCAGCACCUGAGCGAUCCGGCUGGCUCGCCCUCCACCGCCAGUCCCAACAACAGCAACAACGCAAUUGCCGCAGCAGCAGCAGCAACAACAACAGGCACUGCUGCGGUGGGAGGAGCAGGCGGAGUGGGCGUGGGCGUGGUGACACCAACAAAGAGCCCCCAGCGUAACGCUUUCCACGAAGAUGCUUAUCAGCAGGCCAACCCGGCUGGCGGCGAUAGCGUCGAUAACGUGGAAUCGGCUCAAUUGGAUGGCAAUCCGAGUGGUGGAUCGCCGGGACAGCGUCACUCGAUAAACUCGGCGGAGUACACAUCCACGCCGAAGACCAGUCGGAAUGGUGCGAGCAGCACCAAUGCCAGUGGGACAACAUCGCCAAUUAACUACCAGCUGCCCGGCGAUGACUAUCCCUAUGGCAUAGAGUAUGAGUCACAGCAACUGCAAUACCAACAGCAGCAGCAGCAACAGCUACAGCUACAGCAGCAACUACAGCCGCAACAGCAGCAGCAGCAGCCAGUGGGCGGAGUGGAGCAAUCGCCAGCAACGAUUACCUACCAAAGUCUGCCGGCCAGUCGCCAGAGUUACGCUUCACCGCCAGCUCUGGUGAUUCCCCAGCGUCAGUCGUUGCUGCCCUGGGGCGCGCAUUCAAGGAGCUCGAUCAUCAACGUCCUGCCCAGCUACACCCAGGCCGAGAUGCAUGCCCUCGCAGCCAGCGUGGCCAGCGUGGAGAUCUCGGCUCCACGACCUGGCGAGAUUGUGAUGCGCAACCUCUUCAGCGACUUCACCGCUCAGGCCGAGAAGAAGAUCGAGCUGGUGAUGCUGGAAAGUGCCGACAAGAAUCUUUCGAAGCUGCUGCAACGCGGUGAGGAUCAGCAGUUUGAUCAGUUGCUAUCCGCUUUGGGUUCCGUGGCCGAGCACUGCCUGCCAUCGCUGCUGCACACCCUGCUGGCCUGGCAUCGACGUCAGUUGUCCGACAUGGAGAUCAAGAAUGACCUCAAGAAACCAGCUCCCAGUGGUGGCAGUUCCCAGGCGGCCAGCAAUAAACCCAGUGUGGAUUUGGAUUUCCAACUCCAGCGAAGGGAGGCGGCCGUGGAGUUCAUUUUCUGCCUGGCCCUCAUCGAGAUACUCAAGCAGCUGCCCUAUCAUCCGGGUCACGAGGAUCUGGUGCGCAGCAUCGAGAAUCUGGCCUUCAAGCACUUCAAGUACAAGGAUGGACUGCAAAACAAUCCGAAUGCCCUGAAUAUCCACAUGAUCGCCGACCUGUAUGCUGAGGUUAUUGGGGUUUUGGCUCAAAGUCGAUUUGCCUCGGUGCGCAAGCGCUUCAUGAGCGAACUGAAGGAGCUGCGCGGCAAGGAGGUGUCGCCCACGACCACCCAGAGCAUCAUCAGUCUGCUGAUGGGCAUGAAGUUCUUUCGGGUCAAGAUGGUGCCCAUCGAGGAGUUCGAGGCCUCGUUUCAAUUUAUGCACGAGUGUGGUCAGUACUUUCUGGAGGUGAAGGAUAAGGAUAUCAAGCAUGCGUUGGCUGGUCUCUUUGUGGAGAUCCUGGUGCCUGUGGCGGCGGCCGUAAAAAACGAAGUGAACGUUCCCUGCGUAAAGAACUUUGUGGAGCUGCUUUAUGUGCAGACCUUGGAUGCCUCUACCAAGUCUAAGCACCGCCUGGCCCUCUUUCCGCUCGUCACCUGCCUGCUCUGCGUCUCGCAGAAGACCUUUUUCCUGACCAACUGGCACUACUUCCUGGCCAUGUGUUUGAGUAACCUGAAAAACCGCGAUGCCAAAAUGAGCCGCGUUGCCCUGGAGUCGUUGUAUCGUCUACUUUGGGUCUACAUGAUUCGCAUCAAGUGCGAGUCCAACUCGGCCACGCACUCCCGCCUUCAGAGCAUUGUGAACUCCCUGUUUCCCAAGGGCUCCAAAGGAGUUGUGCCACGCGACACGCCGCUGAACAUCUUUGUGAAGAUCAUCCAGUUCAUCGCCCAGGAGCGCCUGGACUUCGCCAUGCGCGAGAUCGUCUACGAUCUGCUGUGCGUGGGUCGCUCCAUCAAGCUGAUCCUCAAUCCGGAACGCAUGAGCAUCGGACUGCGAGCCUUCUUGGUCGUCGCCGACUCACUGCAGCAGAAGGCUGGUGAGCCGCCGAUGCCCAGGACGGUUCCAGCCCUGCCAUCUGGUAACACGCUGCGCGUCAAGAAGACGUACAUAAACAAGAUGUUAACGGAUGACACUGCUCGAAGUAUUGGAAUGUCUACGUACUUUCCGCACGUACGCAGGGUUUUUGUCGAUAUUCUGAGAGCUUUGGAUGUGCACUAUGGUCGGCCACUGAUGAUGACGAACACGCAGAACCAAAACAAGGAACCGGAUGAAAUGCUCUCCGGUGAAAGAAAGCCACGCAUUGAUCUGUUUCGAACUUGCGUGGCUGCCGUGCCCCGAUUGAUACCCGAUACAAUGACUGCUCACGAACUGGUGGACCUGCUGUCCCGGCUGACGGUCCACAUGGACGAGGAGCUGCGAAUUCUAACCCACCAGUCGCUUACGACUUUGGUUAUAGAUUUUCCGGAUUGGCGUCAGGAUGUCGUGCACGGAUACACUCAGUUUCUGGUGCGCGACGUCACCGACACCUAUCCGCAGCUGCUGGAGAACUGCACGCGCAUCCUGUUCAACUUCCUUAACAUCUGGCGUUGUGCCAUUAAUGUGAAUGGCAAUAAUACCACCAUAACUCCAAGUGGCGCAACAAAUGUGGCCAAUACAGGGCAGCCCAAAGUGACCACAGUCACGACCACGGUCACAGUGGUUCAGGGUACUGUGGUGCAGGCUGCAGCAGCUCCGGCCAAGGACACCGCAAGCAGUCAGUUGUCCAAGCAGCAGCAUCUGAACACGGCCAGCAGCGCGGCCUCCAGCAUCACCACCUCCAGCGGCAUGUCGAGCAUCACCCAACACACUGUGCUGAACAUGGCCAGCGAUGUGGCCAAGAAAAAUGAGAUUCCACUGGCCACCACGCUUCACUUCGUCGAGGGCUUUGCUCUUGUGCUACUCUGUAACUAUCGCCCAUAUCUACGUAAGCUGGCAGCCAUGAUCCUGAAGGAGGUGAAGAAUCUGAUGCGGGCAUUGGGCAUCCCAGAAACAGAGCCCCCGCUCAUCGAUGUUAUGGAUCGGUGUGUGCCGACCAUCGUGGAGAAGUGCCUGCCCAUGCUGCCGCAGACGGAGAAGACUGCCAUCCUGAAUGCUAAUUGCAUUGACCUGCAGUGGAUAGCCGAGAGGUCCAGUGGAGUGUGGCUGGCCGGGCUAACAGAUGACAACUCAAAGUCCUCCACCUCGACGCUCAACCUGUCACAGUCGAGCUCAACGGCGAAUGCCUCGGCCACGGUGGCCAGCUCCCCUCAACCUCCAUUUGAUCCCUGGGCCACUUGUUUGUUUGGCCUGCUCGAGAGGCAGCGCAUACUGCAACAGUGUCCAUCGGCUGUGGCGCAGGCUUGGCCCAUUUGUUUCACUCGCCUGAAUGCGCUCUACAGCGUCAUAGAUCCCACCCCCGUGAGCGACAACCGAGCUUCGUUGCUUAGGAGUUCGGCGCCCACCAAGAAAGUGCCCACCGAGAGCCAGAAGGAUUCUUACCUGCGUCUUUGGAGGAAUCAGGUGGCAUGUGCCAUGCGAUUGGUGCCACAAAUUCCUAGUGUUGCCGUUCGCUGUGCCUCACCUGAUUUGAGUUUGAGUUUACAAGAUCAGUCGGACUCGCGUUCGCUGUCCGAUUCCCUGGACAAUAUACCAUCCAAUGUGUUUGGGCCCGAGGGAAUCGUCACGCGUUUCACGCUGCCACUCUCCUAUGGACGCAAAGAGGCGCGCCAGAAACGACUUGGCUCAUCGCCGGACUCCCUGAACGCCGAUCGCAGUGACAAGUCGGCGAUGGGCAGCGCCUCACCGCAGGCCCUCUACAAACUGGUGGUUCCGCUGCUCCGCUGCGAGGUCGUGGAUGUGCGGGAUGCCGCCGUGAACGCCCUGGGCCUGAUAAACCACGAUGCGCUCAAGGAUUUGAUGGAGGAGCUGGUGGUGUACAUACGCGAGGCGGUGGAUCGCAAGCAGGAGAACAUGCGCAGGAGGCGGCGACGGGAUGCCCUGCGCCUGCAGGUCGUGCGAGUGCUGGAGAAGAUUGCCGAGAACGGAACGUUUGGCGUGAGCACCUGUGUCCUGGAGCGCGAUACGAUGUCGCUGCAUCCCACCUUCGUGGAGUACAUCGAGGGCGCCGUGGCCUACCUAAUGUCUGAGACGGACAAGGACAACCUGAGCAUACGCGAGGUGAAGGCGCACUUUUGCAAUUUCAUACGCAAGAUGAUUAAGAACUUCUCACUCGAAUCCUGUGCCACGCUACUGUCCCGGGUCCUCAAGCGUAAUCUGUUCAAUUUGUUUGCCGCUUGGUGUGGCAGCUUCUCUAAGCCGCUAGGCAUUACGGUGCAGAUUGGCCAGACCCUCGAGGAGGAGAAGCUGCAGUUCAGCGCCCUGCAGGCCAUGUCAGCCCUGCUCUGCUGCGGUCACAUCUUCUACACACCUCAUCUGCAAGACGAAGGCAUCAUAUACAAGUGGCUGGAUCUGCUGCUGACCUCCAAGGACGAAAAGAUUUACCAACUGGCACGGGACACAGUGGUUCUCCUUCUCGAAUCCAAUCCGGAUAUGGGACAGCUUCUGGAGUGGGUGAUAGAUCGGUGCUACACGUCGACGCCUCGCGAGGCGGACGCCUGUUUCCUGGCCCUGGCCUCGAUCUUCAGCGCCAAGGAAUACCCGUGCGACCACUACACAUCCGUGAUAACCGUGACCCUCCUGAUGACGGGCUGCCCCCGGGUGGAGGUCCAUGCCACGGCCUUGCAACUGCUGCAGAUCCUGGACAAGCGAUUCUUCGGCAGCGUGGUGGGCACUCUGCACAGCGACAACGAGAAAGAGGAUGACAAGGUGGGCACGCUGGAUGUCCUGCUGAGCAGCGCUUACUGUCGAUCGCAGCGCUUCCUGUCCAAGCAACUGGCCCAGCUGCGACCGGAACUCACCAUGUCCAUCUUUUCAGAAAUUACCCAUCGCUUCCAGAGCGCCAGGGAGGAUGUGCGCGCCCUGCUGCUGCAGUGCCUCCUGCCCUGGUUGCAGAACAUGGAGCUGGUGGCCACCAGUGUGCCGCCCGCCACGCCCCUUUCCUACAUCAUGUAUUUUCCGGAUUCGGGGACGCGCGGACGACGCGAGGGAACCGGUUCCACAGAGGCAACGGAAAUGAUUCUCAACAACCUGUUCUACAUCACGGCCAAGUUCUCCGACGCUCAUCCGCGCGACAUCGAGGAGCUGUGGGGCACCCUCUGCCAGUUUUGGCCCAAUAAUCUGAAGGUUAUCCUGCGCUACUUGGUAAUCAUGAGUGGCAUGGCUCCCAACGAACUGCUGCCCUAUGCCAAGCGGGUGGCUCUUUAUCUGGUGCGGAGCUGUCCGGAUCGAUUACUGGACGAGCUGAUGGCUGAGCUGCAGACCGUGGAGACGCUCAACUGUUUGAUUGAGCGCACGGAGACGCCACCAUUCUAUCGACUGACCAGCAUGCGAAAGGCCUCCAGUCACAGUGCCGAUGGGCAAGCUGUUGGCGGGAUUAAUGACUCCAGGAUUCAGGACUUGGCGGUCGAGAAGGGCACCAUUCACACGAAGCGGCACAGCGGCGAAGAUCCCAUUAAAAUUGGAACCUGCAAAUCGGAUAGUGGUAUUAGGGCUUAUACCCAAGCAGCCGCUGCAGCUGCCGCCGCUGCAGUUACUCCAGGAUCGAGUGGCAAUCGUCCGCCCCGAGGAGCCGAUAAGAUACGCGCCGCCUCGGGACCUUCCAUACUGCCGCGGCCCGAGGACAUACUCAUCAACGAUCCGGAGCUGCGGCAGGAGGAGAACGUUGAGCUGCGCGGAGUGUCGGAAGCCCCGCCAAAUGCCCAUCCGCAUCCACUGCCCAUGCCGGAAUAUGGUGGCUACUUUGCGCCGCUCACCGAGUUUCUGCCGGACGUGAGUUUGCCCAUCAGCGGAUUUCACAGAUGCAACGUCGCCGUUAUGCUGCUCACCGACAUUGUGGUAGACGGAAUUCCUGGGAUCGACUGGACCCUGCACCUUCCGCUGAUGCUGCAUAUCCUGUUCCUUGGACUAGACCACACUCGCAUCAUUGUGCGGGAGCAUUGCAAGCAGCUGUGCGUGAAUCUGCUGAUUGUGCUGGCAGAGCACAAUGAUCACCUGACGGUGGCCCGUAUCCUGCUGAACAGCGAGACCAGUAAACUGGAUCUGGGCCUCACGGUUCCAGCUCUUCCCGUGAUUGAUAAUAACUUUACGGAGCUGCACCAGCAGUUCGACAGCUAUUUGAUGCACGUCAGUCCCCAAGCGGCGGCCUAUGCCUUGCAGCAUAAUCUCUCGAGCUCCACGAUUAUUGCAGCCCAUCAGCAGAAUCUAACGCAAACGCCGCAUAAUCAGCAGCAAGCUGGUUCCCAAAACGUGCAGAAUACCACGCCUCCUGGUUUGACCGCCACUCCGGCUGCCCUGCAAAUAAAUCCCAAUAACUCGGAGAACUCCGAGGUGCCGCUGAUCCAUCCCGAUGAGCAUGCGCCUCCUCAACCAGGUCCCAGUAUGCCCAUCGCACAUGUGAUCAAGAGCCUGCUGAAGUUCCUCGCUCAGGACACUUGCCAGCCCCUGUGGAACUACGAGGAUAUUACGGCCAAAGUGUGGGCCGUAAAGUCGGCAGAGCAACUGAGCUGCUUCCUCAAGCACAUGGUCAAGGUCUUUGCGGACAGCUAUCCUCAGGCUCGCAUAGCCGAGCGAUGGGCACAGACUGCCCUCCAGUUGGGACUUUCCUGCUCGUCCCGCCAUUACGCAGGACGAUGUCUGCAAAUCUUCAGGGCAUUGAAUGUGCCGAUCAACUCAAGGAUGCUGUCUGAUAUACUCUCCAGAUUGGUGGAAACUGUGGCCGAGCAGGGCGAGGACAUGCAGGGAUAUGUUACGGAACUGCUGCUUACCCUAGAGGCUGCUGUCGAUAGCCUGGACUCGGAUUUCCGACCACUGGACGUAAUGAAAGACAUAUUUAAGAGUACACCAAAUCUGAAUAACAAGGACGGCGGACCCAACUCAAUUUUGCCCGGCAAGAAAUCCCCAUCGGGCAUGACCCCACAAUCAUCGAACUACUCAAUACCCAGUCAUGGAAGGAGCACCAGCUACUCGGUGUCUUAUUGUGGCCGAAAGGCCAAUAACUCACCUUGCGACAAGCAGGUGGAGCUGCGAAACCGCUCCUCGGGAAUUGAUCUGGAACGUAGUGUGGUCUGCAAGUUCGGCGGUGGUGGCGGGGUGGGAGCUGGUUCAGCGCUUUCACGUUCCCGUAGUGCCCAGAGCCUCAAGAUGUUGGGAGAUACGGCCACGCAGGACGACAAGAUGACCAUACUGGCGCAGCUCUUCUGGCUCUCGGUUUCCCUGUUGGAAUCGGAUUACGAGCACGAGUUUAUGCUGGCGCUUCGCCUGCUAACCAGGGUGCUGCACCGCCUGCCUCUAGAUCGCCCGGAUGCACGGGACAAAGUGGAGAAGCUGCAGCAGCAGCUUAAGUGGACAGCCUAUCCGGGUGUGCAUGCAUUGCUCCUAAAGGGCUGCACCCACAGUGCCACCUAUGAGCCCACCAUCACCCUGCUUUCGCAGUUUGCUCCUCUGCUGACCCUUCCCGUCUGUGAUCCCACCCAGAGUUGCGCCUUUCCCAUGAAUGUGAUUGCCCUGCUGCCCUACAUGCUGCUGCACUACGAGGACGCCAAUGAGAUUUGCAUUCGCAGUGCGGAGAACAUAGCUCAAGUUUCCACCGAGCUGGGGGCCAAGUUAGAGAACUUGGGCACAGUGAUGACGCUCUACAGCCGAAAGACCUUCUGCAAGGAGUCCUUCCAGUGGACCAAGUGUGUGGUCAAGUACCUGCAUGACACCUAUGCCCACAUGGGCCUCCACAUGGUGGCCUUCCUCAUCGAAGUUCUGGAGAAGGGACCGCAGCAGGUGCAGGUGCCCGUUUUGAAUGUGAUCCACUGCAUGCUGCACUACGUGGAUUUGUCGGCCCCGCAGGCUCAGACAAUUAAUGCUGAUUUGUUGCGGGCCAUUGGCAAGUAUUUGGAUACGGUUAACUGGAAGGAUUCGCUGAAGAUUCUGAAGCUGAUCGUGACCCGGAGCUCGUCCCUGCAGGUGGUACCACCCAGUGACGGCAGCAGCGCCGGCUUAUCGUUCUCUUUCUAUGGCGCAUAUCCGGACUCGGAUAUGUUCUGUAAAAAGGAACUGGCCGGUCGCACCAUGGAGUUCACCUUUGAUGUCUCGCAAACCCCACUGAUCGGUCGUCGCAUCCUGUUGAAGACGGAGGAUCCGGUGGCCACCGGAGCCGCCUCCACCACGGGCAGCUCCUCGCUGAAUUCCACUCUGACGAAUGCCACCACGGUUACGGUGGCGCCAAGUGCUGUGCAACAGCAGGCCAAUGCCCAGAUGCAGCAGCAGCGAUCGCACACCAAUGUGGCAGCCAUGGCAGCCGCAGCAGCGGCCCAGCAUCAACAGCAGCAGCAUGCCAUCGGAGCAGGGAACAGCGUGGUCGGGACACCCAACUCUCCGCGACGCAGUGCCAGCCUGUCGCCGGCGGAUACGGUGCCGCUGAGUGGAUGGAAACGACCCUGGAUGUCGCAGUGUCGUGUGCGUGAGUGCCUGGUCAAUCUGCUGACCACCUGCGGGCAGCGUGUCGGCCUGCCCAAGUCGCCCUCGGACGAUUUCAUAAACUCAAUUUGCUCAAAGGUGAUCUUCAGCCAAUCUUCAGAUCUGAUGGAGCGCCAGUCCUCGGCCGCAUCUUCCACAGAAGAGACCUCAGGUCCUCAGGGCGAUCUGAGCAGUGGUUCGAGGCGCGACGAUGGUCAACCCGAUUUCACCGUCUUCAAGGACUUUGAUUUCCUGGAGUACGAGGACAGUAUUGCCGGCGAGUCCACGGAUAACUUUAAUUGGGGAGUUCGUCGCCACCAGCUCUUCGAGGGCGAUGAAGACCGUUUGAAUUGCGGCAGUGGCAUUGGUGGCUCCAUCAAGGGAGGUCACUCAUCCGCCCUGGAGGACAGCUUCAGUGAUAAGACGCCCAUCUUAAGCAAGAGGAAACGACAGAUUGCAGAUGAUUCUUCGGAUGAGGAGGCGGAGUCAGAGUCACCUUUGGAUGAGGAUCACCGCCAGUCGUUCCUGAAGUCUGGUUAUAGUGCAGUGCCUCCCACUUCGCUGAGUCUACGGGAACGCAGGCGUCGCAACUCGGUGUCGCGCAGCGAUACAAGUGGAUCAAGUGCUGGGGAUUUGGGUGAUCUCACGCCCUGCAAUGCCUCGCCGCAUCUACCCGGCAUCAUUCGCUUCGCAGCCAUUCACGAUGAGGCGGAGGAGAACUGGCGUCGCCAGUUGCAGGCCAUGUUGGUCAAUCAGCCCUCGGCCCACACCUCGGAACUGCUGCAGCAGCUUUACAGGCUGAUCAAGGAGCUCACCUUCAAGACUAUCAACAUUUCUAAGGAGGCCAAGAAGUUCUUCACCGGCAUUGGCUCACAACUGGGCAACAGGAUCUCCCUUUUCACGGAUCUGCUAAGUUCUCGGGCGGAUCCUCCCCAGGUUUGGUGCAGCGAGCUGCAGGCAACCACUCCCAAGCUCUUUGAGACGCUGCGUUUCAAUGUUUUGGAAGUGCAAGAGCAUCUAGAAACCUUCUUCGAUCGCAAGGACCAAGUUUUGGAGUGCCUGGAUGCUGUGAAGACUAGUUGUAAACUGUCGCUUUUUAACGAGGCAGAUGUAGCUGCUUCCGGCCUGGAGUUGCCCAGCUCCUCCAGCGUAGCCUACAUGCCGUUCGACCCAGCCUCAACAGAGGUGGUCCUCGACUUGGGCCGUUCCCUCUACAAGCUGAUGUUCCAACUGCUGCUGCUUAUCGAAUCCAAUCACAAGAUAUCUUCGAAUGUGGUUAAUCAUUUCCGUAUCAACGAAGACAUGCAUGACAUAUCCGAUCUCUAUGCCCUGGUUCGCGAUGCUCUGGUGCGCUACACCAGCGAGGCCGAACUCGAUUGCCUGGAAUCCUCCACCUCAACGGAGGGCGAGCACACGCCGACGCCUUCUCCCGGCUUGCCGAUGAGCCACGAGGAGUUUGAGGCUGCCCUGAACGAGCACAUCGAUCUGCAGAGAUGGCCCAGCGCUAUAGCUCAUGUGCGUCAGUAUCGACGGAUUUCGACGCUCAACGCCAGCGGUGAUCAAAAUCUGACCAUAUUUAGUUAUAGCAGCCUGGACAAUCGCCAGAAAUGCGAUGACAUGUCCGUGAUACUGAAUGCAUAUGCGCACGGCAUCAUGAAGGAUCGCACAGCAGAAGCCUUCAUAGUAUCCAAAUCCGACUCGGAACUGUUCGAGAUUUAUGCCAUUCUCUCGGAGAAUUUGUAUCAUGUAUCCAGCGCUUUGACUAACAUGGAGAUCAGCAUGAAGAGCUACUCGGCGGGCAGCGCAUCAGGCAAUUUGCAUCGCAGCGAACAGGACAUUGUGACAAAUCUUUAAAUUAAUCUGUAGACUAAGCUAAUCGCAGAUCUAAGCUCCCUUUUAUAUGUAAUCUUUUAGUAUGUAAGCUGCAUACUAGACACUUUGGUGUACGUAAGCGAUCAUUAUUGAGUGCGAAAACAAAUGUGAGUUAGGUACGAUCCAAUAUAUUUAUCAAUUACAGCACAAUAA